GCUCUGGGCCAGCGCUGGGCUGCUGUAGGUGUUCUGUUCCCAGUUUUUCUUCCCGAGCAUACUUUCCUCCCUUCGUGCAUUUGGCUGUCGUGGCGGCCCCUCGGGUCUCCUCUCUUCUGCCGGCCUUUCCUGGGCCUCAGACUCGGAGGUCGUUUUUAGCGCAGAGCUGUCACUCUGAGGAGGGGAGGGGAGGCUUGGGGCCUGCCCAGGCCCCGGAUAAUUCCUCCCCUCCCCCCACUCCCAACCCGCACCAAGAAUCCCGGGGAACGCAGUGCCAGGGUUCUGUGCUCCAAGUGUCUGUGCCUCAGGGUUCUGUGCUCGGUUCUUUCCUUCUGUCGCCUCUCUGGUCCAGGGAAGAGCCUGGGGGGCCUGGCCAGUGAGAGGGAUGGACAAUCCGAAAACGUCACCGCAGCAAAAUGGUGCCCGGUACCUGGGCUCUCCUUUCUCCAGACUCCCUCCAGUACCAGUUGAUUUAGCAGCUUCCUAGGCCUCAUCCUUUUAAAAGUAGAAUUCGAGCCCCGCGAAGGCAGGGGCUUCUUUUUUUUUUUUUGUUUUGGCGUCCCCAUUGUUCAGCUUAAAAUGUUUCUUUUGCACCUGGUAGGCCCUUAAGGUAGAAUUGAAUUGGAUUUCUCCCCAAGUGGUUAAACUUGAUACAAAAAAAAAAAGAAUUAUUGACCCAAAGCAGGUCUUGGCCUUCAUGGAUUCAUUGUUGACCUGUCUUUACUAAGCUUUUUGGAAUAGUAUAGUCUAAUAUAAUACUGGGGAAUGACCGAACAUGAGUCUAGUGAGAGCUUUUGCUGAAGUGCUAAUUUAUUAAGUAGAGAGCUGAAGUUACUGGAUGGUGUGAAUUUAGCUGACUUUCAGAAGCCCCACAAAAUGGUAUUGGAGUCUCCUUACCCGAUUGUUACCAAGGAGCGUACAAGGAAAGUCAUCAAGUCAACUGUAAUGCAGUGGCAGUCCCAAGAUACAUUUUGUCCAUUUUCCUUUUAUUUUACGUGGAGAAGAUGAAUUUUGCAGGAAGCUCUUUUGGAAGAAGCGUUAUGGAAGUCCUCCGUCCACAGCUUAUAAAAAUCGAAGGGCGCAUUUACAGGAAGAACUUUAUACAAGAACAGACCUAUCAGCAUGAAGAUGAAGAUGAAGAUUUCUAUGGAGAGCCCAUGGAGUGUUCAGAAGAACUCAGUGACUCCUGUGUGGUGGAGCAGACGGAGAGAGGCUUUCAGUGUGCAGUGGCUGUCCCUAGUCCACUGUUCAAAUAUAUAAUUGGGAAGAAAGGUGAGACCAGAAAGAAACUAGAAAUGGAAACUCGAACUUCUAUUAACAUUCCUAAACCUGGAAUGGAAGGAGAAAUUGUAAUCACGGGCCAGCAACGAGGUGGUGUUAUCUCAGCGAAAACUCGAAUUGAUGUCCUUGUGGAGAGUUUCAGAAGAAAACAGCCCUUCACUCACUUCCUUUCUUUCUCGCUCAACCAACCUGAUGUUCAGGAAGGGUUCUUGAAGUUCCAGGAGAAAGUGUUGGAGAAGUGCUCAAUGGAUCGUGGGGUCAGCAGUUGCCUUUUCCAAAAUCCAGCAAAACUUCAUCUAACUAUUGGAACUCUGGUGCUUCUGAAUGAUCAAGAGAUCCAGUGGGCAUGUGAACUACUGCAGCGGUGUAAAGAAGAUUUUAUCAACAAAAUUGCUGGAGGUAAACCCCUGUUAGCAGAGAUGUUGGGGAUAGAGUACAUGAAUGAUGAUCCUAGCAUGAUGGAUGUUCUUUAUGCUAAAGUCCACAUGAAGGAUGGCUCUGACCGGCUGCAGUUGAUAGCUGACCAGUUGGUAGAACGGUUUGUGUUGUCUGGAUUGAUGAUGAAGGAAUGGGACAGAGUGAAACUCCAUGCUACAGUCAUGAACACUCUAUUCAGGAAAGAUCCCACUGCUGAAGAUAGGAAUAGUGCCCCAGCAGGCAAAUCUGGCCCUCGGGAAAGAGAAUCAUUUGAUGGCCGAAAUAUAUUAAAGCUUUUUGAAAACUUCAGCUUUGGUGAUCUGUGCCUCAAUUCAAUUCAUAUCUCUCAGAGGUUCUCCACGGACAGCUCUGGAUACUAUGCUUCCUCUGGUCAAGUUGACCUCUCCUAAGAUCUUCAUUUUACCCAACCCUUUGUAUCUAAUGGAACUGCAGUCAGUCUGGUGGCUUUUAUUUAUCUCUCUGGGAAGCAGCAGUGAAAACAUUGGUGAUAUCAGCAGGACUGUGCAAAGUUCCCUGGGAGAAUGUCAGUGCUAGAACCUGCACACUUCUUGCCAGAGACCAGCAGAGGGAGAAAUGCUCACAGCUCUGGCUUUGUCCCACCCCAAUCUUCCCUCCUUAUGCAGGUGUACUGGCUGUUAAUUUGUUUUUCUUUCAUCCGUUCCCUCACUCCAAGUCCCUUUCCUUUUAUUUUUUGUCACAGGGGAACUCAGAAGUCUAGGGGGUAUGUUUGAGGUGAAUGUUCAAGGCCUUCUCCAAAGUUUUCCCAUAAUAUCCUUUUUCUCACUCCUUCCUCUUUACCCCAAAGUCCAACUACUCAUUUUUAACAAGGUCUCUUAACACAUGAGGAAUGCUUCUAGAGUUGUAUAAUGAUGUAACUCUUUAGCUCAUUUGCGAAUAAACUAAUUUCCAAAACUAAA